AUGGGAUACCUGCUAAUGCCUGGUAACAUGCAGCUGCCAUCGCCGGUACCACACCUCCAUGGAUCUCGCACGCCUCACUUUUUAGUGGAAUGGACCACCCUUCCCUACCCGGAAAACAAACACACCCAAGUCACCCACUCUCCCAAGUGUUCACAAGAGUCCAACUCUCCGAAGUGUCUUCAGCUCUCCCAGGUGUUCAGUCACUCAAUAGAUCACAACAGCGCCCGAUCCUCGGACACAUACAAACCCGAGUCCUCAACUCCGCCAAGUCUCCAACACUCCCAAGUGUCAACACUCCCAGCUCUUCAAACCGCCAAUACUCCCACGUCUCCAGAAUAUCUUUGGCCUUCAGUCACCAACAAUACAGCAAACCGCACAAUGCCACCACCUUCAAUUACAGCCCGCCAACACACGGGGGUUACCAACUCUCCCAGCAAUACUGGUCCAGUCAACUCUCCCAACAAUACUGAUCCAGUCAUCCCUCCAUUGGCUGUCGUCGCCAGGACAAAAACCGUUGAACUCUUCAACAAUACCCAGUCCAUUUCAAAAGCUCUACUUUUGAAGAACAAUCUACUUUAUGCCGGGAACCGAACCAUCUUCCCUGAAUUUGCCCAGGUCAUCUUCGGCAUUCUCCAACACUGGCACCUCAUCAGCAACCAUGGCUUCGAAUAUCUCCAUGAACUUUCUCACAAUACCUCCUUUGUACUUACUGAGUUCAUGAAUCUCUUAUGUAAUUACUCAGGUCAGCUUUCUGAGGUUACGGGAGCUACAUUGGCAGGCGCCAAUUACAAAACUUGGAACGACAUACACUAUUUGCAAACCAAGCUUGACGAUUGGUACUUGUUUAUAAGUGUAUUGAGGUUCGCGAGAGAGAAAGAUAGUAGGGAGCGCGAAAAACUCGAAAAAAUUAUUACGAGGAGUGCCCGCAAGUCCCGCGAGAACAACAUACAAAUCGCAAAGGAUUUUGUCGCCCAACUUCCUAACAACUCUGGCUCUGACCCUGACGUCGACCCUGACUCUGACUAUCCGGUCGACGCCAGUAAACCCUCCCCAGCCGUCCAAAGUUUAAAGAGUGGCUCCGAGAUAACUCUUUCAAAUUCUGAGGCUUUGCCAGAGACUACUAGAGACAUUCACCAGAAGCUGAAGUCGAUUCUUACAAUAUUCCGUAGUGUCCGUUCUGUCGACCUACCAACUAUACCUCCCCUUUGCCCGGUUGCGAACAUAGGAACACUUAACCUUGGAGAGGCUCUUUUCGUCGACGCACUCUCUCAUCAGAAACAUAUCGGGCAAUGGAUCCAAAUAUGGCCCGAACCACCUGACUUUAACACUUUGAGAUUUACCAAGGCUAGUCUUUGCAAGGCUACGACUUCUUACCACGUCUUCCGCUUUUGGCCUGACCCCCGUCCUGGAUAUGAGAAGUGGUUCUGCACGAAGUACACACACCGUAGUCAUCCUAAGGCUGAAUGGCGCAAACUGCUCGUUUGCUGGAAAUCAACUCCAUCUUCCACCCAAAGGCAGCUGGUCGAUACUUUAAUGGCGCGAAUAGACAGGACUGACCCCCAUAAGGCUCUUUACCAUUGGUCUUGCCACUCGAUUGCUCCUUUGAAGGACGAAAUGAUCGUAUUUCUCAAGAAGACUUUGCGAGACGAUUCUCAAAUGAAGGAGGGUUUUAUUCAGGCCUGGUCUCCUCCCAAACCAGCGCCCACUUUCUCCCCCAAACCAGCGCCCCAUUUCUCACCCACGCCGGCGAAUAAAACCCCUAUAUAUACCAAAGAACCACACUUUAAGAUAUUGCCUGAUUGGGAGAAUCCCGCCAGGGAAUUGGUGGUCUCAUGGACCAAAUUGGAGGGUUGA